AUGAUCAAAGUCUUAUACUUCGUGUUCACUGCCCUGGUCACCAUACUAAUGCAUUUUUGGUGUUAUGGGUCUCUAGCUGCGUAUCAUUUAACAAGAUCCGAACAAUUUGCAAAACGGCCAGACACGGACAUAUAUAGUUUUUUGUUUGGAAUGGUUGCCAUAGAUGGUUACUUCAACAUUGUGUUUGCUCACAUGGGAAUCACUGCCAAGAAGAUCGAGGAUGGUAUAUUGUUUCCUUAUACGCUAUUCCGAGCUGCCAUCUUUCUGGUUAUACUUUUAAUGCAGGAAAACAGCAAUCUACUGAUUGGUCAGUUUAUGUUGGAUAUAAUGGCAACAAGCGUGUUCAAUUGCUUCUCGGAAGUAAUCGACGAGACUGUCAAUGAAGUCAGCGGAGAAGAAGUGGACGUGGAAAAGAGAGAACUGAUUCCAGAGGAUAAACAUUGUUCUGCGUACGCCAAAUUUCUCUAG